AAAUUAGCUCUUUUAUUAUACCCUGGAGAGAGGAAAGGUCAAAUGGUGUCUAGGACCCUUAAACAGGGUCCACAACACCAGGUACAAGUACGUGUCCCCACCCCCAAUCCCUCACUUGCUACACUACACUGCACUGAUGGUUGCAUUUUGCCAGAAGGUGAAUGGAAACUAAUCUGUGCGUGUUUGAAGGUGUUUUACCAGCCUUCUAGGAAGGUGUCUCAGUGGGGUGGCUGAUGUCGGGGAUCUCCGAGCUGAAAGUGUGAGCCUCUGUAGCUUGGCGCAAAAGGGCCUUCGUGAAUGGCUGGGGAUGCGUAAUACAUGCUCUCCAGUGGGCUGCAUAAGAACGUGUUGCCAACAGCACGCUUUGUGACCCAAUUACAGCUGCUUUCCAAUGGUCACAAUUGCAUAUGUUUAUCACAACAGCUCCCCAAACACAAAGGAAGCUGGACGUUUUAAGGUUAUAGAUACACACAGCUGCAAAACAGCAUGGGGGUCAUAUCAAUAGGAAACAUGGCAAAUGGUUAUCCGGUCACGAUAUAUUUAUAACUCCGUUAACAGAGCCAAACAAGGCCCUGAGGCCCAGGGUGGUACAAAUACAGCUUUCACCAGGCCAGUCAGAACACAAGUAUCAUGUGUAAUAUAGACAGGAUCUGAGUUGGGGUUUAUGUAACUGGGCCAAAGCCUGGUCCAUGUUAAAGGUGCGGACUCAGUUACGUGAGUAUGUCAGUACCCAUAGGUCCAAUCCACACUAGAAACUUCAACCAUAUUGUAAAUGGUCAGGGAACACUUUGGCUGUGAGGAUCUGCUCUGACGUUUUUAAGUACAGACCUGGCUAUUGAAGGGAAACUAGAUUCUAGCGAAGGAUACGUGAAGAUCCAGUAUAGUAGAGCAAGGUAGAGAAUAAAUAUAUUGAAUCUUGUUAGUCCUGGACGCUCUGUGUUGGGGUAUGUGGGAUAAGGGACAAGAAUUCCUAAGUGCCCCUUGUAGACCUCCUCAACUGAUCUUUUGCUUGAUCAUGUGUAAGUCUUUGGUUCUCCAAGCCCUGAAGAUACCUCCCCCUAGGUCUACUACUGAGAAUUUUUCAAAGUAUCUUAAGGGAUUCAGUGGGUUUAGGGCACCGAACUCCCUUCAGUCUUCUGAAAAUCCCAGCUGCUCCAAAUCAGGCAGGGCAAGGGCUUAAAGCGGAGUCUCCCACAUCCCAGGUCCAUGUCCUGACAACUGGGCUAUUGGCUAGUCAAGGAGAAGGCCUUCAUGUUGUUGUCCGUGAAAAAUUUCAAAAGGUCUCUUUUUUUUGUCCUGACACAGAGCAAAAAAACACCUUUUUAGAAAAACUGAAUUCUUGCCCUAAUCCUGAGCACCGACCACUCCAGCUGAGGUCAAGAGGAGGCGCAGGUGUGGAAAAACUGGUCCCACGUUUGUUGUUCAGGCACCCCCACCCCCAGCUCACUUGAUUCUGCACUUCCAAUUUCUCAGAGCACAUUCUAGAUGUGUAAAACAACCUCUUUUUUAACUCUCCAGAGAGUUUAUUGGCAUCUGGUGCCCUCAAUGCCAGGUCUCAGCCUUGACCUUCGCUGGAAUCAAGAAUGAAAUGUGUGUUUUGUUAGAAAAGGAGUUUUCUGUUUGUAUUUCCAAAUCACCUGCAUUUCUUCCCAUCCCCUCCUCCCCAUAGGAAUCUAUUUAACACCAGCCAUAGUACGAGAGACAAGACCCAGAAGCAUACAGGAAGUGGAGUGACUGAGGUUGUCCCUACCAUUCGCUCAUGAUGCUGAAACUACUCCUCCUCGCUGUCUUUGUCCUCUGUGGACACUGCUUGGAAGAGUCGCUGGAAGAUAAUGUGCGGGUUGUUGGGGGUAGUAAUGCACAGCGCGGUGCAUGGCCAUCGCAGAUUUCGCUCCAGUAUUCCUCUGGUGGACAAUGGUAUCACACCUGCGGUGGGACGUUGGUGAGGCAGAACUGGGUGAUGACUGCGGCUCACUGUGUGGACAGAUCCUUGACUUUCCGGGUGGUCGUCGGUGAGUACAACCUGAAUCAGAACGAUGGCACGGAGCAGUAUUUGAACGUGGGAAGCAAGUUCAUCCAUCCUAAUUGGAACAGCAACAAUGUCGCUGCUGGCUACGACAUCGCUCUGCUCCGCCUCUCCCAGAGCGCGUCUCUGAACACCUAUGUGCAGCUGGGCGCUCUGCCCCCUUCAGGGCAGAUUCUGCCAAACAACAAUCCUUGCUACAUCAGUGGCUGGGGCUUGACCAGGACUAAUGGGCAGCUGGCUCAAAUCCUGCAGCAAGCUUCGCUUCCCGUCGUCUCUUACAGUAUCUGCUCCGGUUACGCUUACUGGGGCUCCACGGUUAAGAACACCAUGGUGUGUGCCGGAGGGGACGGUGUGCGCUCUGGUUGCCAGGGCGAUUCUGGGGGCCCUCUGCACUGCCUGGUGAGUGGCAAGUACUACGUCCAUGGAGUGACCAGUUUUGUUUCCGCCUCGGGCUGUAAUGUCUACCAGAAGCCCACAGUGUUCACCCGGGUGUCUGCCUACAUUUCCUGGAUCAAUAACAUAAUUAACUCCAACUGAACAGGCUGAGAGGAUGGAAUCAACGUCAAAGAAGAACCUCUUUCCCUAAUCGGAAUACAUUCACACGCUGGCCGUCUUCAUCUUCUCUACUGCCCAUCUUCUCUAUUAUCCCAUUUGAUCUGCAGGGUUAUACCUGUAACUCUAAU